UCGAAUGUGCUCUCUCAAAGAGUGUCCUUUCUUGGUUUUACGCAAGAACAUUGAAACAAGAAAAAGAAAGAAAAAAGAAGAAAACUCCGCUGGGGUAUCUGAAUCAAGCAUCCACACAUCACAUCCCAUCCCAAAAAACUUGCGUGCGGACAAAGGAGAAUGAGGAAGAAAGAAGGAGUAGAGGCAGAUGCAGAUGCAGAUGCAGAAGAAGAAGCAGAAGAAGCAGAAAAAGCAGAAGCAGAAGCAGAAAAAGAAGCAGAAAAAGAAGAAACCCUCGCGACCUGCUCACAACCCAAACGCCCCCCAAAGGAAAACGCAUCAUAGUCAAAAAUCUUGCUCCAACAUCCACCUUCUAGUCCAUGGUCAAGAUGGAUCGAUUCGAUUUUCCGAUACCAAAAAGUCUCAAUCAUCCUCCCUUGCCUCAAUUCCCCCCUCCCCUCUCCCCUCCCAUAUGCUGCCCCAGCCGUUGUCCUCAUCAUCGUCGUCAUCAUCAUCUUCAUCUUCGCAGCAGCAGAAAAUUUCACAGUCCAAUAGUAGAAGUAGUAGAAGGUCGACAGCACCGCGCCCAAUAAUGUUUCCGAAAGUUAGACUACAACUCCGGUAAAGGCACAGAACGCAUUUGAGCCAA